AGUAGCUAUGCCCCUCGUAGCUGAUCUAGGUUAAGGUGCUGGCAGCUCGCGCCUCUCGUUACUCAAUCGCAAAUACCACCUCCAGCCUCAUUUCUCUUCCAUUGCUAGAGAGAAAAGAUGGCCUUCCUCAUUCUCGUUAUAGGGGACCUCCACAUCCCGGACCGGGCGCUUGAUAUCCCCGCCAAGUUCAAGAAGCUCCUCUCCCCCGGAAAGAUCAGCCAGACGCUUUGCCUUGGAAACUUGACCGAUAAGCACACGUACGAGUACUUGCGAUCCGUCUCCCCCGAUCUCAAGAUUGUGAAGGGCCGCUAUGACGUCGAGGCCACCUCCCUCCCAUUGACCCAGGUCGUCACCCACGGCAGCCUUCGCAUUGGUUUCCUGGAGGGUUUCACACUCGUCUCUAACGAACCAGACCUUCUCCUGGCCGAGGCGAAUAAAUUGGAUGUGGAUGUUCUGUGCUGGGGUGGUACUCACCGCUUUGACGCCUUCGAGUAUAUGGACAAGUUCUUCGUAAACCCCGGUAGUGCAACUGGCGCUUUCAUGGAGGGUUUCAGCCAAGAGGCCGACGAGCCUACACCGAGCUUCUGUCUCAUGGAUGUCCAAGGCAUUUCACUCACCCUAUACGUCUACCAAUUACGAAAGGACGACAAGGGCAAUGAGAAUGUGGCAGUUGAGAAAGUGACAUACACAAAACCAGUAGAGCCCUCAGGAGGAGCAUCAUCAUAAUUUUCACAUAGAUAGGGGGAGUUUACAUUCAGCGACUUAUUCAAGACCAGCAGCAGAAUCUAUACCCAGUCACACAGUAAACAAACACGCGGGGUCCUCAUAAGAGAAAGUGGCUCGUCUGAGAUCCAAUGAAGCAUCGAAUUGGUCAAUUGGGUGCUCGCGUGUCCAACAAGGAGCAUUAUAACUGUAAAUACAAAUAUUCAGAAAAUGCAAACAACUAUCC